AUCUGAUUGCAAACGAUGAUGGCCGCAUCGUUGUCAUUGUCACAUUGAGCGUUAUCGAGUUUAUUUUGCACAUAUUAUUGAUAUAUUUUACUUUUUAAUAAUAUAGAAUAUAAUUGAACAAUGGGUCGAUCGAGGUCACGAAGUAAAUCACCACGACGGCAUCACAAAAGCAGUAAACAUUCUAGAAAGAAGAGUAGAUCUAAGGAUCGUUCUUCAUCACGCAGCAGGAACUCAAAACAUGCCGAAAAAUCUAGGGAGCGAAGCUCCAAGUCUAGGAAAAGAUCUCAUUCGGUAUCAUCGUCAAGCAGUACUGAUGCCUCAGUAGACGGGAGUAGAAAUAAUAGAAAAAAAUCCAAAGGACGCAGCAAAAUGGAUGAAGUGGACCGGUUAGCUGAAAUGGAAAGACAGAGACGUGUGAGGGAGGCUGAACAAAAGGUUGUUGAAGAAGAAGCAGCAAAACGUAUAGAACUUCUUGUGAAAAAGCGUGUUGAAGAAGAACUGGAGAAAAGGAAGGAUGAAAUAGAACAAGAAGUGGCAAAACGUGUAGAAGAAGCCAAGAGGAAGAUGGAAAAGGAAAUGAUGGAGGAGCUGGAACGGCAACGGGAACAACAGCGACGAGAGGAGGCUGCUCGACAGGAGGAAGAAGCACGUAAAAGGAAAGAAUUGGAGGAAAUCAUGGCUGAAAAUAAUAAAAAGAUCGAGGAAGCCCAGCGUAAGCUGGCUGAGGAGCGGUUAGCAAUGAUCGAAGAACAAAGAAAAAUGGAUGAGGAAAGACAGAAAUUGAAGAAAGAACAAGAGAAAAGAAUUAAAGAAGAACAAAAGAAGAUAUUAGGGAAAAAUAACUCAAGACCCAAAUUGUCAUUCUCUUUAAAGCCACUGUCAUGAGUACUUAUAAUAAUUACAGUGUGCAAUAGAAUAGAAAUGAGAACUAUGGGAUUACUCAAUAGUAUAGUUUUUAUUUAUAAACCUUUACAAAUUUCAUUGCCGGGUCUAUUAACUGUAACAUUAAUUAUAACAACUGUACAUCAUAUUACAUCUAAUUGGUUGUCAUUAUUCAUUCUAAAAUAUUUUUUUAAUAUUACUUUGCAUGUCUAAAAUGUCAGUGUUUGAAAUUUAAUUAUAUAGUCAUAUGUAAUACUGAUUGCUACUUAGCUGGCUUGACUCUAAUUGAAAACCGUCGUCCCGAUUAAUUGUAAUCUAAAGAGCGUUAAAAUAACUAUCUCAUAUGGGUCGGUUAAAUAAGAGUUAUUUCAAGAAAUUAAUUUUUAUUUGUAUAUGUAAUGUAUAGUAAUAAUUUAUAUUACAUAGAUUUUUCAGUCUAUUACAGCAAAUGGAUUUUAAUCCAAUUCUAUCUGCUAGUCUCAAUACGCUCAAUUUUUUUUUGUAUAUUUUGUUAAAUAUGAAACAUCUGAAUAGACUAUAUUCUACUUUUUGCACGUAUCUUUACGUAAGUUUCAUUGUACGAGUAAAUAGACUAUAGAAAAUCUAAUAUCCAGCAUUCAUCUAGGAUAAUUAUAUCUAUGUGCAUAGCUUGAUUCAAAUCCUAAAUGGAAAUUUGUUGUUGCUAUUUAUAUAUAUAGAGAUGAGUCGUCAUAUCGACAUGUCAUAUAUAUACUCGUAGAUGACUAUAUAACAUACAAAUUCACUAAUUUCAAUACAGCUGGGGUUAGUUUAAAAUUUUCAUUUGCACAUUAUUGUAAUACUCUUUAUCUGUGGUUAUCUUCACGCCAUAUUUCUAACGAGAUAGGCUCUUGUAAUUUUUUUUUAUUUAUAAACGAACAUAAAUAUAGGUUUAACUAAACAGAGACUUGUACAUAUAUAGUUAGAUAUUUAAGUUUGAUUUUACUCGGUAAUUCGUGGUCUUUCAUGAAACAAAUGACCUUGUAUGACGUUCUUAUGUAAAUUGUAAUGUUUAAUGAUUACUCUGUAGCAAAUAAAUGCAAUAAUAUUAAGUUAUUAUGUAAAUAUUUGCAAUAAGUGACUUAGAUUAGAAAUCAUUUUCUCAGCAACAUUUUUUUAAACUUGUUAAACUAUUUAUACGGAUUAUACAUGUAGAUGAAAACUACAAUUGAGUCAUUCCUUUGUAAUCAAUUAAUAAAAUAUAUGUAUUUAUCAUAUUAAUAGUUCAGAACUUUCUUAAAAUCUAUGGUGGACAUUAUGUUAGAUACCUUUCAUUUCUCUGACAUUGGAUAUAUUGUAGUACUAAAAACAUUUAACUGCUAACAACUUGUGACCUUACUACAGUAAUUUUCGGCAAUUAUAAAUGUUUAAUCGAUAAAAAAUAUUUAUUAAAAUAAUUAGUACAAGUGAAAAAUUUUUUAGCUUGAAAUUGAAUUAAGUAUAUUAUUGGUUAAUAAUAAGAGGUUUGUAUUGAUAUUUGUAUACAUAAUGUUCUGAUUCUGUUUGUGGGUUUGAACACAGUAUUAUAAUAUGUAUAUCUACCUUCACACCCGGUCCCUUGGGUGCUGGACAGAGAAAACAGUCACAUACAUAUUGUUUUCAUUAACGUCAUUGCGUAUAAUUAGAUAUUAAACACGGAAUAUAACUGUUUAAUAUCUAAUUCUAUAUCUAAUAAAUAAUUGUUCAUUUUUACCUCGCCUCCGACAAUCACACUUAUCUAAUAUCCAGCCGUAAUACUAGUAUGGUGUUUAUAUAUAUAAUAUGUUACUGAUAUGGUAAACAAAACAUAGUUAUGGGAAAUGAUUAUCUUAGCUAUAGAUUAAUUACGUGCAUUUUCUCAAGCAUGAAGAAACAGAUUGCCACCUUUUUUUGUAGAACUCCAUGCGGUAGUUUUAUAAGAAACUAGCAGGGAGCUCAUUCCAAAACCUGAUCAUCUAUGGGAAAGAAUCUACACCCAUUUAGUUAAUAAGCUAUAUUGAGGUGAAGCUUUUGUAUGGUAGCUGGUGAUUGUGACCGAUAAACGCGAGUUUUGUUUAAUUAAAAAAAUAAUUUGCAAAUAAAUUAUUUGUAUGAAAUAACAAUUUCUAAGUACAAAUUUAACAGUUGCCUUAGUUACACUUGUUACAGUUGUGGCAAAUUAUUGAUAAUUUAGGCUUGUCUUAUGUAAAUAUAAAAAUACGAAUUGUGUAUUUAAUUAGUAAGCAUAACUAAAUUACUUUAUCAUGUUGCGAGUUUAAAAUUACAUUUCAUGAUAAUAUAUCUAUAACAAACAAUAUUUAAAAAACUUAAAAUGGCCGAGUAUUAUCAAGUAAACCAGUAUUUUGUGUUAAUAUUUACAAACACCAUAUCUUCGUUCAAAUGUUUUCAUUUCAAUAUUAAUACAUAUGUCUCAAUCUUCGUGGCACAUAAAAAUGUUACUUUUGACUAACAUUUAGAGCUUAUGUUUGUAUGAGGUGUAGUUAAAAAGACGGAUAAAAUUAAGUUGUUUUGUAUUACCUAAUGGGUCCUCUUUGCUAAUAAUUCCAAUGUCAUGAUAAAAUAUUGUAAAAAAAUAUUUUUAAAUCUUAAUACAUGAUUUUUAAAUAUU